AUGGUGCUGUUUCCUCCAAUCGUACUUUCCAGUUGUUCAGCUCACAUUACUAUUCCCUGGGAAAGAGGUUUGAAAGUACCUAUGGUAUUGAGCAGUGUUCAAGAAUUGGGGGCAUUAUUCUUUACAAUUCUCAAGUUUGUCGAUGCCUUGUUCGGCCGAGCCAAUUCGUUCAAGAAAUAUAUUGAAGGGAAACGUGAACCUUUAUUUAAAAGUUUGUUGCAACAAGCGAAUGAUGGUGAUCAGGAGUGUGUAUUCAAACAUUUACACGAGCGAAAGCAAGAGCUGGGACUCGAUGAUGCUGAUCUAAUAGUCGCUGCAGAUCCAGAAAGCUUUAUCCCUGAAAGAUUCCAAACCAUCGAGUCCGCUACUCAUGGUAAACUCGAAGAUCGUGACCCUUUUCAUUUCGGUUGGGGAAGAAGAGCCGAGGUACAAUUGCUUAAUGUUUAAACCCGGGUACUUGCUCAAUGCACCUUAUUACCACCUGAGGACGGAUCACUCCAGAUCUCGAUGAUUGCCGAGAUGGUGGCAUUGCCGUUUUGCCUCCUCCAUACAAGGCACGCUUCGUUCGCCGCUGCAGCCAAUAAAAUAACCAUAUACAUGUGUGCUUCAUUCUCUUUCUCAUUUUCAUUUUAAAAAAAAAAUACAUGACUGUCCCGCAACUCUCUUACUGAAAUAUCAUUGACCUCCAAUGAAGGAAGCUGUGUCAACGCCAGUCUUUAAAAUCACGACCUAAUAAUCGUUUCUGGCUCCGUGACGCUUAUUGUCUAUAAAAUCUGACAUAAAGCGGCCGAUCGAAAUCGACA